AAUCGAGAAUGAGAGAUCAAUAUAUUAACCAUAAAAAUGAAGCAAAUAAAGAGAAAGUUGACAGUGAUGAUAAUGGCCAACAGGGAACUAUGACAGAGUGGCUUAGAUGCAACCAUACAUUGAGUGGUCCACCUGAAGUGGAGAGGAGUGAAACAUAUGUUUAUAAUGUCAAAAACACGGUUGAUUAUCAUCGCAGUUUCACUAAUAAAUCUUGUCGAGUUCUAGUCUACAGUGGGAAUCACGACAUGAUCGUUCCUCAUGUGAGCACAGAAGAAUGGAUAGAAUCCUUAAAAGUUUCGAUUGAAGACGAGUGGAGACCUUGGUUUGUUGAAGAUCAAGUUGCAGGAUAUGCCAUGAAGUAUUCACAGAAUGAGUAUGAGUUGGCAUAUGCAACUGUAAAGGGAGCAGGUCAUACAGCACCAGAGUAUAAGCCACAACAAUGUCAGUCAAUGAUUCAGAGAUGGCUUAGCAAUUAUCCUCUUUGAUUAUGUAAUAUUGAAUGCAUACAUAUUCAAUGAAUAAAAUUGCAAUGACCUUUGAUAUCUUUCUCUGUUAAAAAUAAGCCACAACAAUGUCAGUCAAUGAUUAAGAGAUGGCUUAGCAAUUAUCCUCUUUGAUUAUUAUGUAAUAUUGAAUGCAUAUUCAAUUCAAUGAAUAAAAUUGCAAUGACCUUUGAUA